CCUGGCCGGGCUUUGACUGGAGCCGGAGACCUGCUCGGAACGUAAAAUGGCGGCUGUGGCGAGCGCGCCCGAGGGCCGGCGCUUAACGGACUUGCGGGUCGUGGACCUCAAAUCCGAGCUGAAGCGGCGGAACUUGGACACCAGCGGCGUUAAAAACGUGCUGAUCGCCAGGCUCAAGCAGGCUAUAGAAGAGGAGGGAGGCGAUCCUGAUAACAUUCAACUAUUUUCAGAUACACCUUCAAAGAAAACUCCUAAGAGCAAAGGGAAAAAAAACGAUGCUGAUGAAGCUGGUGGUGAUGCUAGCAUGGAAGAGGAUGGCAAUAGCAAGAUGGAAACUGAUAUAGAUGCAAUCCAGAGUGAUUCUCAGGAUACAAGUGAUCAAGAUGGAGCAGAGGAUCAGAAGACCACUGAAGCUGAGGAAAAGGAAGCAGAAGAGGAUGAGAAUGAGAAAGAUGUAGAUGAUAUAGAUGACGGUUCUCGUGAAGUGUCAAAAUCUCUACCUUCAGAGGAAGGCCUCGCUGAGGCUCACCAAACUGUUCAAGAUGAAACUGCACCCAGUGCGUCUUUGAAAGAAGCGGAUGAUGAUAACAUUUCGGUCACAAUCCAAGCAGAAGAUGCCAUCACAUUGGACUUCGAUGGUGAUGACCUUUUGGAAACAGGUAAAAACCCGAAAACGCCAGAUUGUGAGGUGAAUAAACCCAAAGCUGAAAAGGAGCCCCAGUCCCAGGAGCACGUAGAGGGAGAAGUCAAAAAUGAGGGAAAGAAAGAGAAAAACCAUAAGGAAGGAAGAAAAGAGGAGGGAAUGAAAGCCGAGUCGAAGAAGGAAGCCAGAGAAGGAUCUAGAAAAGCUGAAGGUGGAGAUAAAGAGAGAGAUUCUUCAAAGAAAGGCCCCUCAUCAGCUGGGGCCUCCAGUCAAGCAAAGAGUUCGAGUAAGGACUCCAAAGAUAAGACUGCUACUAAAGAUGAAAAGGGAGGUGUUAGUAGCAGUUCUGGGAGCACCAGUGGCAAUAGUAGCAGCUCAACCAAGAACCUGUGGAUUAGUGGUCUAUCUUCCAAUACUAAAGCAGCUGAUCUAAAGAACCUAUUCAGUAAAUAUGGAAAGGUUCUGAGUGCAAAGGUAGUGACCAACGCUCGCAGUCCUGGUGCUCGAUGCUAUGGAUUUGUGACAAUGUCUUCAAGUACAGAAGUGUCGAGGUGUAUUUCCCACCUGCAUCGCACAGAGCUGCAUGGGCAGCAGAUUUCUGUUGAGAAAGUGAAAAGUGACCCUUUUAAAAAAGACUGUACGACAAAAGAUGGCAGCGGGAAGACGAGUUCGAGUAGAAAUGGGAGUGAUAAGAAGUCUUCGAGCAGUGGGAAAACCAGCAGCAAGGUCCAAUUGUCUUCCAAAAAAGAGGACAAGAAAACCGAAAAGCUGGGAGAUAAAAAAGAAAGCAAGGAUGGGUCAAAUUCUAUGAAGAAACAAGAAAAAAGGGAUGAAAAGGAAAAUACAAGCAGCAAUCAUGACCAUUCCAAAAAAGCAGAUGAGAAAAGACGAAGAAGUGUGAAGAGUCCUCAUCGUAUGGUAGUCAUUGACAAAGCUAAAGGGGAACCUGUUGUCAGUGUUAAAACUGUCAAGAAAGGCAAGAGUGAGCCGGUGUCCACUUCAAAAAGCAAAGAAAAAUCUAUUCCGAGUAAACCAAGCAGUAAAGAGAGAAAAGAUAUUUUACCGUUUGAAAAGAUAAAACAACAAAAGAUUCGGGAACGCUUAGUUCGAUUGCAACGUAUACGGCGUGCAAUAGAAUUAAGAAGGCGGCGAGAAAUAGCUGAAAGGCAGCGCCGUGAGCGGGAGCGGAUUCGCAUCUUGCGUGAGCGAGAAGAGCGCGAUCGCCUGCAGCGAGAAAGGGAAAGGUUGGAAAUUGAAAAGCAGAAGCUUGAGAGGGAAAGAAUGGAGAGAGAACGACUCGAAAGGGAACGUAUCCGUAUAGAACAGGAGAGGCGAAAGGAGAUCGAACGCAUUGCCCGUGAACGAGAAGAACUCCGUCGGCAACAGGAGCAACUCCGCUACGAACAAGAAAGAAGAAAUUCAUUAAAACGACCACGUGAUGUAGAUAACAGACGCGAUGAGCCUUAUUGGAAUGAACAUAAGAGGAGGACCAUGGACAGUGAUGCCCGCUUCAGCCACAAUUCUGAUUACAGUCGCCAGGAUCCACACCGUUUCAAUGACUUUGACCAUAGAGUGCAAUCUUCAUCCUUUGAUGGACGGGGAGAUCGUUACAACCAUCAAGGAGAAGGAAAGAAGAAUCGCUCUGGGAGCCGCAGAGAGGACUCUGGGUACAAUAGGUACCCCAAACCCUAUGGUGAUUCUCGACGGCCAGCUUCUCAACAAAGAAUUGAACUCCAUGGAAAUAAUGAACGGAGGGAAAUGAGGGACCGAGACGAACGGCGAACUGUGACUCUUCAGGACCGAUCAAGUGGGAGCAGGGGUCAUGAUCAUCUCCCAAAGAUUUCCCCAUCGAGGAGCUUUCCUGACCGGGGACGGAUGAGUGACCAUGGAGUCCAGCACGGCCGGCCAAGUCACAAUUCAUCCAGACCAAAUGAAUGGAAGCCGAGUGGUAUGGGUUCUUCCAAACGUGAAAUAAGGAAUUCCAGGGAUCGAGAUCGGAUGCGUCCGGAGAGAUCAGGACACAGUAUAAGAAGUGGGCCACCUAGUGGUCACAGCAGCAUGUCUGGGUAUAGUAGCCGAGAUGGAGGCCGGCCUGUAAUGGAGAGGGGUAGUAAUCAGCAAUCUCACUAUCACGAUAGCAGGCACCCAGUAGUAGAGCGUCAUGGGCGAGAAUCAGGAGCACCACGGAACAGUUGGCAUUCUGGGCCUAGUUCUCAAGGCAGUGGAUAUCAAGACAUGAGGCGAAUGAGUGACAAUCGUGGCCCUGGCAUGAUGCCACCAUCCAGUCCUUCUGUAACAAACAGAAUUGUACAGAUCACCAACAACUCAAUGCAAGGAGGCAGUGUGUCAGGCUCCAAAGGAAUACACGGAUCAGGCGAUGUUCGUUUUAAACCGUUCAAAGGGGGAGCACCACGAAGAUUCUGACGAUGGGGUUUGUAGCAAUUGGCCACCUUGGUUAGUUUGAGAUUUGUCUGUACAACUUUUUUUUUAAAAAAAAUGCAUUUUCCUCGUUAUACAGAUGUUAUUUGGUCUGUUGUAUUUUUAGCAAAUGUUUUUUGUGACUCUUAAGAUUUGGGUUUUCAAUGUUUCUUAGCACUAAAGAUAUUGAAAAUAAAGUAAAAUGAAACUGGUAACUGUUUUCCAUUCUAAUUUUAUGUAAAUGUCAUUCAGGAGAGAAAUUCCUAUCCAAGACCAGAUUAUACACAUUUUAUAGAUGUGAAUUACAGAAAUACCCUAUAAUCGGGGUGGUCCCAUGGGCCAACUUCAUCCCAUUCCCUCCUUAACUCUUAAAUGUGGUUUCUGAAAGGGAAACACAAAAAUAUUGCUUGUAUGGCCUAUGCUCAUUUCUCAAAUAGAGAAAAAAAAGGUUGGACCACCCUGUCAUAUGUACAAUCCUUUAUACAAUAGUCAGUGUACUUUCAGGUUAUUCACUACACUUAUAGUUCACAAGGCUUCCACUUUUGCUAAAUUGUGCUUGUAUUUAUUGAUAAAAAUGAAUUUUCUACAUUUACCAGCAAGUUAAAAUAGCAUAUUUUUUGAUAAAGAUUGAGAGGUGUAUUCAGUCUUACACAUUCACAUGUAUAAAUGUAUUAUUGAUGCUGGGAAGAUGUACUCUUAGAUUUUAGAAUAAAUCUUGAUAUGUUCAGGUUC